GGAGACGACUGAUGCUGGACGAGGAUGGAGAGGACAGAAAAAUGGUUCUUGUUGUCCUCUCUGAGUUUAAUCAGUCAACAUCCAGACCUACAGAGCAGUUUUCCAGGUUCUCUCAGAAGUUCCAACCCUGGAGUAGGAACUUUGAACUCCUAGAAACAGUCCUGAAAGAGGUUCUACAGAGACGGUUCCUGUGGUCAGAACAAAGACUGAUGAUGAGCCAAAAUGAAGAGAAAGUUCCUGCAGAGGAAAACAGACUAAUGUUGGAAUCUCUAAUGAACAUCAUGGACCUUCAGCUGGUGUUUGUCUCUGUGUGAUAAAGUGAGAGUUAACUGUUGAUGUUGAUCCACAGAGUGGAGCAGCAGAACUCAGAGGUUCCCAGAGCUCAGUCUGUCCAGCAGCAUGGCCUGGACUCCAUAUUCAUGCUGCUGGAGGACAACAUGGUGACUUUUGUGAAGAAGGAGCUGGAGAAGAUGAAGAAGGUUGUGAGUCCAGACUACCCAGAAUGCUCAGAGAGUCAGAGGGAGGAUGAGGAGGAGUUGAAGGGUGAUGAUGAAGAUCAGAGGAGCAGCAGAGAGAUGUUUGAGCAGAUCACAGUGUUGUUCCUGAGGAGGAUGAAGCAGGAGAAGCUGGCUGACUGUCUGCAGAGCAAACUUCCUGCAGUUUGUAGACAUGAACUUAAAUCUUCUCUGAAGAAGAAGUUCCAGAGAGUGUUUGAGGGCAUCGCUAAAGCAGGACAGAAGACCCUCCUGAAUGAGAUCUACACAGAGCUGUACAUCACAGAGGGAGGGACUGCAGAGGUCAAUGAUGAACAUGAGGUCAGACAGAUUGAAGCAGCAUCCAGGAAAGCAGACAGAGCAGAAAGAAGCAUCAGAGCAGAAGACAUCUUUAAAGGCUCACCUGGAAGAGAUGGACCAAUCAGAACAGUGAUGACAAGGGAGUGGCUGGCAUCGGGAAAACAGUGUUAACACAGAAGUUGACUCUGGACUGGGCUGAAGACAAAAGCAACCAGGACAUCCACUUCAUGUUUCCAUUGACCUUCAGAGAGCUGAAUGUGCUGAAAGAGAGAAAGUUCAGUUUGAUGGAACUUGUUCAUCACUUCUUCAGUGAAACCAAAGCAGCAGGAAUCUGCAGCUUUGAAGACUUCCAGGUUGUGUUGAUCUUUGACGGUCUGGAUGAGUGUCGCCUUCCUCUGGACUUCCACAACAAUGAGGUCCUGACUGAUGUUACAGAGUCCACCUCAGUAGAUGUGCUGCUGACAAACCUGAUCAGGGGGAAUCUGCUUCCCUCUGCUCGCCUCUGGAUAACCACACGACCUGCAGCAGCCAAUCAGAUCCCUGCUGUCUAUGUGGACAUGGUGACCGAGGUCAGAGGGUUCACCGACCCACAGAAGGAGGAGUACUUCAGGAACAGAUCCGGAGAUGAGGAGCAGGCCAGCAGCAUCAUCUCCCACAUGAAGACAUCACGAAGCCUCCACAUCAUGUGCCACAUUCCAGUGUUCUGCUGGAUCACUGCUACAGUUCUGGAGGAGGUGCUGAGAGCCAGAGAGGGAGGAGAUCUGCCCAGAACCCUGACUGAGAUGUUCAUCCACUUCCUGGUGGUUCAGGCCAAAGUCAAGAAGGUCAAGUAUGAUGGAGGAGCUGAGACAGAUCCACACUGGAGUCCAGACAGCAGGAGGAUGAUUGAGUCUCUGGGAAAACUGGCUUUUAAUCAGCUGCAGAGAGGAAACCUGAUCUUCUAUGAGUCCGACCUGACAGAGUGUGGCAUCGAUGUGGAAGCAGCCUCAGUGUACUCAGGAGUGUUCACACAGAUCUUUAAAGAGGAGAGAGGGCUGUACCAGGACAAGGUGUUCUGCUUCGUCCAUCUGAGUGUUCAGGAGUUUCUGGCUGCUCUCCAUGUCCAUCAGACCUUCAUCACCUCUGGAAUCAACCUGCUGGAAGAAGAACAAACUGCCUCUGCAAAGCUGAAAGUAGGUCACAAGGAACCUAAACUCAAACAUCUCCACCAGAGAGCUGUGGACGAGGCCUUACAGAGUCCAAAUGGACACCUGGACUUGUUCCUGCGCUUCCUCCUGGGUCUGUCACUGCCGAACAAUCAGAAUCUCCUACAAGGCCUGUUUACACUGACAGGAAGCAGCUCACAGACCAAUCGGGAAACAGUGGAGUACAUCAAGGAAAAAUUAGUGAGGAUGUGUCUGCAGAGAGAAGCAUCAAUCUGUUCCACUGUCUGAAUGAACUGAAGGAAGUUUCUCUCAGUGGAGGAGAUCCAACAGUCCCUGAGAUCAGGACGUCUGUCCACAGAUAAACUGUCUCCUGCUCAGUGGUCAGCUCUGGCUUCAUCUUACUGUCGUCAGGAGAAGAUCUGGAUGUGUUUGACCUGAAGAAAUACUCUGCUUCAGAGGAGAUUCUUCUGAGGCUGCUGCCAGUGGUCAAAGCCUCCAAGAAAGUUCUACUGAGUGGCUGUAAUCUGUCAGAGAGAAGCUGUGGAGCUCUGUCCUCAGUCCUCAGCUCCCAGUCCUCCAGUGUGACAGAGCUGGACCUGACUAACAACAACCUGCAGGAUUCAGGAGUGGCGAGUCUUUCUGCUGGACUGGAGAGUCCACACUGUAAACUGGAAGCUCUCAGGCUGUCAGGCUGUCUGGUCUCAGAGGAAGGCUGUGCUUCUCUGGCCUCAGCUCUGAGCUUCAAGACCUCAAAUCUGAGAGAGCUGGACCUGAGCUACAACCAUCCAGGAGACUCAGGAGAGGAGAUGCUGAGAGCUAAAGUGGAGGAUCCACACUGUAGACUGGAAACUCUCAGGGUGACGCCUGCUGGAGUCCGAUGGUUGACACCAGGUCUGAGGAAGUAUUCCUGUCAACUCACAGUCGACACAAACACAAUAAACAAAUUCCUGAAACUGUCUGACAACAACAAGAAGGUGACACGUGUGGAGGAGGAUCAGUCAUAUCCUGAUCAUCCAGACAGGUUUAUCUGGUGGGAACAGCUGCUGUGUAGAACUGGUCUGACUGGUCACUGUUACUGGGAGGUGGAGUGGAGAGGAGAGGUUAAUAUAUCAGUGAGUUACAGAGGAAUCAGAAGGAAAGUACUCAGCAAUGAAUGUGUUUUUGGAUUUAAUGAUCAGUCCUGGAGUCUGAUCUGCUCUGAUGAUGAUGGUUACUCUGUCAGACACGAUAACAUAGAAACACCCAUCUGGUCCUCCUCAGUCUCUCACAGAGUUUCAGUUUAUGUGGACGUUGAUGCUGGAACUCUGUCCUUCUACAGAGUCUCCUCUGACUCUCUGAUCCACCUCCACACCUUCAACACCACAUUCACUGAAACUCUCUAUCCUGGAUUUGGGUUCUUGUCAUUUGGUUCUUCAGUAUUUCUGUGCUGAGUUCAGUCUCCAGAUUCUCCUCCUGAUAGAGAAACGGUGUUGAACAGAUGGUUGAGUCUCUCCAUGACUCUGUCCCUCACAAACAUGUUUUCACAUUCAUGGAUUAAAUGUGUUUCUUUGUCAAAUCCUUCUAAAUGAUUCCUUGUAAACUUGUUCCUCUUCAAAGAUGGAAGUUGUGAUUCUUCCAGGAGCCAAAUGUGGUGUUUGUGUCUUUUUCCAGUCAAAUGUUGAGAGUUAAAUCAGGAUGUGGUGUUCCUCUGACGCUCACUUCAGCUAAACCAUUUCGUUCUUCAAAUGAUUUCAUGAAAGUUCUUGUCUUUUUCUAUUAUUCUCCUGUGAAGCACUGAAGCUCGUAUUACUGGAAGGUUUUCAACACAGUCCUCUUUGGUGACAUCUGGUGGCCAAAAGUAUGAAGAGCAGUUUGGAUCUCCAACCUGAAAUGAAGUGCUCCAUUCUGGUUUCCUCUACAGUGGAGUUGACAGCUUGUGUUUAAUAUCAUGUGACAGGUGUGUCUGAUAUCAGGCUGUCGUUGUGCUGCUGUGAACAUGGAUUUUAUGGAUGGAAAAAUCACCUAAUGUUGACCUGAAUAAUAAAUAA